UACUGAGCAUGCUCAGUAGGUCUCUUUCUCCACGUGUUUCAUUUCAAGAUGUCGAGCCAGCUCCAGUGGGAACUCAUCAAGAAAUCCUCUUCCUUCAUUGUCAAGGAUAAGAAAAACAAGGCUGCCUUUUCUCGGGAACCUAAUAAUUUGAGGCAUUGGCAUUGUUACAAGUACAAUGGACUUGUGAACAAUCAGGCUGUGGGUGUGUAUCCAGGACAGGGUAACAAAGGAGUUGUCCUUGUCUACAAAAAGAAAAAGAAUUAUACCCCAGCCAAGUCAUUAGCCCGCGUUAAUCUUCCUAACAAAGAUCCAAGGAAAGUAUACAGGUCGAUAAGGAAGACUCUUGGGAAUAUGAAGUAUCGCCGUGACCUUAUUGAUCCUGCUGUCCGUAGAGCAAGUAUCAUUCUGAAGCGACAGCAGAAGCCAAAGACGAGGUUCCUUAAGAUGAUCAAAGAGAAAACUGAAAAGAAAUAAAAUGUUUUUAUGAAGCAAAUAAUUUUGUCAACAGUUACAUUAUUGAUAAA